AUGCAACCUGCAAUGAUGAUGUUCUCCUCCAAAUAUUGGGCUAGGAGGGGAAUGUCCCUGGAUUCUGCUUUGACCCCUGAUUUCUUAAGCAGCUCAGCACGUGACAAAUUGAAUGCUGUGAAAAUUGAUGAGAACAAAUGUAGCAAAUCCGAGCCAGCUGCUGAAAUAGAAAAAACAGCAGUUGUCCUCACUUUGAAAAAUGAAGUUGGAGGUUUAUUACAAACUUUAAAAAUCUUCAAGGAAAAAUAUGUGAGCAUUAUUCAUAUAGAAUCCAGAAAGCCCAAAAAUGGGAGCUCCGAGGCAGAGAUUUAUGCAGAAUUUGAAUGCACUAAGAAAAAAGCCCAAGAACUAAUUCAUCUGAUAAAGCUUCAGCCAAAUGUCAUCUCCUUGAAUCCUGCAGAAAGAAAAUGGCGGGAAGAUGAAGAACUUGAUGGAGUCCCCUGGUUUCCGAGAAAGAUCUCAGAGCUUGAUAAAUGUUCCCACAGAGUUCUGAUGUAUGGUUCUGAAUUGGAUGCUGACCACCCUGGAUUUAAGGACAAUGUAUAUCGACAAAGAAGGAAGUACUUUGUGGACGUGGCUAUGAGCUAUAAAUAUGGACAACCAAUUCCAAGGGUGGAGUAUACAGCAGAAGAAAUAAAGACGUGGGGCACAGUUUUCAAAGAACUUACAAAGCUCUAUCCAACUCAUGCCUGCAGAGAAUACUUGAAGAACUUGCCUUUGUUAACAAAAUACUGUGGCUACAGAGAAGAUAACGUGCCGCAGCUUGAGGAUGUUGCAGUGUUUUUGAACGAAAGAUCUGGAUUCACAGUGCGACCUGUGGCUGGAUAUCUCUCCCCGAGAGACUUCUUAGCUGGGCUAGCCUAUAGAGUGUUUCACUGCACCCAGUACAUCAGGCAUGGAUCAGAUCCGCUCUAUACACCUGAGCCGGAUACCUGUCAUGAGCUGCUUGGUCAUGUUCCAUUACUUGCGGAUCCAAAAUUUGCUCAGUUUUCCCAAGAAAUCGGUCUUGCCUCACUAGGAGCAUCUGAUGAAGAUGUCCAAAAACUAGCAACUUGCUACUUUUUUACUAUUGAAUUUGGUCUGUGCAAGCAAGAUGGACAGCUACGAGCAUAUGGCGCAGGACUCUUAUCUUCUAUUGGAGAAUUGAAGCACGCCUUGUCUGACAAAGCCAUUGUGAAAACGUUUGAUCCGAAAACAACGUGCUUGCAAGAAUGUAUUAUCACCACCUUUCAGGAUUUGUACUUUGUGUCAGAAAGCUUUGAAGAAGCGAAGGAAAAGAUGAGAGAAUUUGCAAAGUCAAUCAACCGUCCUUUCUCAGUGCACUUCAAUCCCUACACCCAGAGUAUUGAAAUCCUAAAGGACACCCGCAGCAUUGAAAAUGUAGUGCAAGACUUGAGGAGCGACCUGAACACUGUCUGUGAUGCUUUAGCAAAAAUGAACAAAUAUUUGGGGAUAUAGAGCGAAUCUGAUA